CUCCUCUUCCUCCUCUGCCUGGAAGCGUUGUUUUCUGCAGCCGAGAGAAGUGCUAUGUCAGGAAAGUUCCGGGAGGGACUGGACGGGGCCAUGCUCCCUGGGUUCAUCGGCAGGCGCCCGCGCGCAGCCCUUUGUAUGAGGCAAAAGGACUGCUGUGGAAGGUGGAGCUCUCUUUUCCAGAAUGUGUUUCCAGACCCAUCAAUGAAACAUGAUACUGCUGCUCUGUGUUGAAAUGCUUGAAGAAUACCCAUAUCUCUGCCAGCACCUUCCAUCCUAUUGAAACCAUGGUCUUCUCUGCAGUGUUGACUGCGUCCCAUACCGGGGCAAUCAACACAACAUUUGUAGUCUAUGAAAACACUUAUGUGAACAUUACGGUCCCUCCACCAUUCCAACAUCCCGGCCUUGGCCCACUGCUCAGAUACAGCAUGGAAACGAUGGCUCCCACGGGGAUGAGUUCUUUGACCAUGAAUAGCACAGCUGUACCCCCAACACCAGCAGUUUUUAAGAGCCUAAACUUGCCUCUCCAGAUCAUCCUUUCUGCUAUAAUGAUAUUUAUUCUGUCUGUGUCUUUUCUUGGGAACUUGGUCGUUUGCCUGAUGGUUUACCAAAAAGCUGCCAUGCGCUCUGCAAUUAACAUCCUCCUUGCCAGCCUGGCAUUUGCAGACAUGUUGCUGGCAGUGCUGAACAUGCCCUUUGCCUUGGUAACUAUUCUUACUACAAGAUGGAUUUUUGGGAAAUUCUUCUGUAGGGUGUCUGCUAUGUUUUUCUGGUUGUUUGUGAUAGAGGGAGUAGCCAUCCUGCUCAUCAUUAGCAUUGAUAGGUUCCUUAUUAUAGUCCAGAGGCAGGAUAAGCUAAAUCCAUAUAGGACUAAGAUUCUGAUUGCAGUGUCUUGGGCAGCCUCCUUUUGUAUAGCUUUUCCUUUGGCUGUAGGAAACCCUGACCUGCAGAUCCCUUCCCGAGCCCCACAGUGUGUGUUUGGAUAUACAACUGAUCCGGGUUACCAAGCUUACGUGAUUUUGAUUUCUCUGGUUUCUUUCUUCAUUCCCUUCCUGGUGAUCCUGUAUUCAUUUAUGGGCAUCCUCAACACCCUUCGGCACAAUGCCUUGAGGAUCCACAGCUACCCGGAGGGUAUAUGCCUCAGCCAGGCCAGCAAGUUGGGUCUCAUGAGUCUACAGAGACCCUUCCAGAUGAGCAUUGACAUGGGCUUUAAAACGCGUGCCUUCACCACCAUCUUGAUUCUCUUUGCUGUCUUCAUCGUCUGCUGGGCCCCAUUCACCACUUACAGCCUUGUGGCAACGUUCAGUAAGCACUUUUACUAUAAGCACAACUUUUUUGAGAUUAGCACCUGGCUACUCUGGCUUUGCUACCUCAAGUCUGCAUUGAACCCACUGAUUUACUACUGGAGGAUUAAGAAAUUCCACGACGCCUGCCUGGACAUGAUGCCCAAGUCCUUCAAGUUUUUGCCACGUCUUCCUGGUCACACGAGGAGGCGGAUACGUCCCAGUGCUGUCUAUGUGUGUGGGGAACACCGGACAGUGGUGUGAAUAUUGGCACUGCCUGACAUUUGGGGUGUUGGUUGCUCUUUAUCUGACUUUGAACUUUCUAUCCCAUGGGUUCUACAAGUAUACCUUACCGGUUUUUAUAGGGUUUGUGUGUGUGUGCGUGUGUGCGCGCAGUGUAAAGGAAGAAUGGUGAUUAGUUAUAAUUCUAUUACCAAGGAUACACAAUAGGGAAAUGAUCACAGAUGUUACCUCCAGGGUUCAAGCGAAAUCCUUGAUUUAAGGUGGGGAGAUGGUGUUUUGUUUCUUUGACUGAUUUUGUUUUUGAAGUAGGAAUCAAGAUUGUGCUUUAUUGAGCCCGUGGUUACAUUGAAUUGUAGGUGUUUUGUAUGCUGCUAAGGUAUGCUUAAUUGAGUUUGUCAUUUUUUUUUUUCCUGGAAGACAUUGCUGCUUUUUGCCAUCACAUGGGAGCCAAAACCACACACAUCUCAGUAGAUAAAUAUUCACCUUUAUUAAAUAAAAUAAAUAAAUAACCCAAGUGGGUUAGUGAAAUUUUAAAGGUCAUUAAUAUUUACUUUGGUGCACUUUAAGAAAUAAUGUACAAACUAGUUCAGUCAUGCUUUUCAGAAUUGUUUUUACACAUGACAUGUGCUUUAGGGGACACUGCAUUAUCAUUUCUAGGAAGAUAGGUUUUUAAGAAAUGUUUUAUCUGCAUGUCCAGUUUUAAAGGAGAGAACAUAAAAAUGUAGACAUUUUUCUAAGCACAAUAGUGAUGCUUCAGAGCCAAUUUGAGAAGACAGAGCAUCUUUGUGAAUUUAAAUAGGAUGCAGUGAGGGGGUAGCUGGUGUGGGCUGUGGUAUUUCCUUUCACUCUGUGCUUCUCAUGGAGUCCCAGUGGGGAGAAGGACCUAUCAUUAGACCCCUACCAUCUUCCAGGUACUGUGCAUCUUUAUCCUUACAGCAUCUUGUGAGGUAGGUAUUUUUUUUUUCUUUUUUACAAAGAAAGUAAGUCUCAGAGAGAUGAAAAUCCUGCCCAAGGUUAAUGGUAGAGCUGGAAUCCAAAAAAGUGUGUCAGCAUCCUGAGACUGCUGGUCUUCUCUGCCACGUGGACACAUCAUUCAGAUUUAAGUAUUUCAUAGUCAAGAGGGAACUUUGUGUAGCAUUUUUUAUUAGCACUAAGAUCUUCCUUUUAAAAGUAGUAUCAUUUUUUUGCUACUAAAAAAAUAUGAAAACAUUACAGAAAGUGUGGAAAAUAGAAAAAAAUUCACUCACAACCCUUUUACAGUGGAACUUAAAAAUCUUAGACAAGGCUAUAAAGAAAUACAGUUGGGUUUGUUUGUUUGUUUGUUUGUUUUUUAGUUUGAAAAAUAAGUGACUGACAAUUACAGAGAAGUUAAAUACAGCUGCAUGUAGGUCUUAGCCUUGCAGGGUCCAAGGUUUCCAGGUGCCCAGCUAUGUCUAAAUGUUCUGGACAAAAUAGCACUGUUGCCUGAGGGCUGGCCCAUAACAGAGCUGGAGUUUGUGAAUGUGCUCAAGAGUGUGUCUUCUACAAAGAAGCAAAGAUAAGUCCUGGUCUGAACAUAGAGCAAGUUUUAAUAGGGCAGGUCUGGGGUUUCAAAUUAUUUUUCUCUUGCUGACCACCUACCCUCCCCCACCCCCCACCCUAUGUACAUCCAGAGUCUUUUGUCCCCUUGCUCUGUGGCCACUGACACACUUUAUAAAGCAGCUGAUGGCGAUGGGACUGCAGACUAAAGUCAUAAGGGUUGAAAGUAUAGCCUUUUUGCCACAUCAUGGUGGCCAAGUAGCUGAGUUAACAUGAACACUUUCGGGAUUUUUUAUAGCAUCUUUUCAACAUUUUAGUACUGUGUGAGCCAGUGGGAAAAAUGAGCCUUUCUUUCUUCAUUUUUACAACCACAGAGUUGGAUUAGAUGAAUCUUGCCCAACUCUAAUGUGCUUUCCUCCAUGUGAGAGUAGAGAUUUGUGAAGAGCUCGGCUGACCUCAGCAUCAAUAUCGGGUCUCCAGUAUUAUUUCUUUGCAGUUUACUUAUUAGCUGUUUCUCCAAAUGGAAUGUCUACUGAAUGUCAGAAGAGCCCAUACAUAGCACAGUAUCAGGAAUUAGGACUUUGGAAGAUUGAUGACAUCGUGACCUGAGGAAGCCUGCUCUCAAGGCAGUUGUGAUGGUAUUAGAACUCAUUUUCCUGGUAAAGAACUCUUUUGGGACUCAAAGGACUUACUCAGCAUGUUGUCUUGGGAUCAGCCUUUGCUGAUAGUCACCUACCUCUUUGGUUUCUAAUUUGUAUUAUUCAUAGGUUAAAAUUGUUUUUGUCUAUUAGGGAUCUUACAGAAUAUAAACACUGUAGUAGUAGAUACAUAGGCGUACCUGCGAGGUGUAUCAUGCUUUCCACUUUCAAUAUAGACUGGAUUGCAAGCGGAUAAUGUCUCUUUGAAAUGAGACUUUGUUUGAGGAAAGUCAGCAUGAUCUGUAUUCAUCUCCCAUAUUGGCAGUGGGUCUUGAGACUCCUUUAGUGAUAGGAGUUGACGCUGACCUUUGUUUCCUUUGUCCUUUUUUAUGAGCAGUUCUUGAGUACUUCUGUGCUUCCCGGUAGGCAGUGCAUUGUUGGGCUAGAGCAAGAGCAAGAACUUGGGAUGCCUGCUGAGAUGCUCCCUGUUUGUGAGAGAAGACUGUGCGGGACCUUAGUGGGAACUCAGCACCACCACUCAGCAGUGGUUCUGUUUGCACCAGAGACUCUUGAUAGGGGGCGGUUUACAAACCAUUUUGAAUGUGUUUGUUAUGUAUACAUUUUGGAAGCUUUAAAAAAAUAUACUCUGAUGUACCUUUGCAAAAUUUAGGUGCAAAAUCUUAUUUUGCCUAUACCCCUGUGUUUUCUUGAGGGGGAAAAAGACCACUAUUGAUUAUUGCCACUGACAGAUAAUAAUCAGAAAUAUUUCUGUUUUCCUUUUCCUUCUGGUGAAUAAGUAAGAGGCAUGAGAGAGAUCGUGAAAUAUCUGUGAUCAAGGGAAAGAGUCAAAAGAAAUCCCCAAUAGCCUGGAGUAGUGAUAUUCAAACUUUAAUAGGAAUUUGUGUCCAAGUAUUUCUAGGGGAGCUUGUUAACAAUGCAGAGGUCCGGGUUCCCCAGAGGAACUGGGGUUGGGCCCAAGAAUGCACACUAUGUCUUUGAGCACUCUGAUUUCCAUGCGGGUCCCUGGGUCCUGGGGUGCUUCAAGAAACACUCCUGUUGAAAAUAUACCAAUUUUAAGAUUGUCUGUUUUAUACAAAAAUGUUAGUGUUGGAAGCCAUUAUCUCCUAGUGCAUGGGUCAUCCACAUUGAGAGGAAAAUCUAUACAUUGUUGUGCCUAAUUUGCUGCCACAUGUGUUAGUGCUGAGUCUCGCAGGUAUUAGCUAUAUCUUUCAGUUGGCAAAAUUCUGAUAGGCCAUGUUGUCUCACGCUAGAGCAAAGGGAGCCCAUUUAGUAUUUGAAAGUCAUGACUUCCAAGAGUCUAGUUCUGCUAAUGUUUUAUUUUCUUCUAGACAGUUGUCAUUACUGUAUAUAAUCUCCAGAAGAGUAUGAGGGGAAUGUAAAAUUCAUUGAAUUUCCCAUUGCUCUUCCUAUGCCAGUCGUGUUCAAUGGAAGCAUGAAGAAAAUAAAAUAAUCUUUUUACUUAUUGUAUAAUUUCAGUUGCUGACAAAGGUAUUUAAUUUGUUCUUACUCUUUGCUUUGUUUACAUGAAAAUAUUUAUGUAUAUAUCACAGAAAAAUUUCUACUUGCUUGACAUUUUAUUCUACUAUGGUUUUUAAGUUUAAAGGACUGCUAAAUUCAAAUUUAUUUUCACAACCAUAGUCCUGCUAAACUGCCUUCAUUGAAGACUCAGUUUUCAAAUAAUAAAAGUAUCAAAGCACAUGUUUGUUAUUACAGGUAAAUGGUAAUACAUUUCUUAACUAUAUAAUGGUACUAGUCCUUUGUAAUUAAAAUUAAUUUAUUUUACAGUAGUAUGUGACCCAUACGGAAAAAGAAAACCAUUUUGAAUUUUGAGUUAUAAUUCAAGAAUGGAAUAAAGUAUGGUUAUUUGUGGAUAUUGUUAUUACAACCAGGAAAAGAGCUCCCAAUAAGAAAAUGAAUAAAUAUUUAACAUUUCUAAAAGUGGAGUUUUUUUUUAAAGGACUACUUCAUCUUAUCUUAGAAAGAUUUGUCAUGAGUAAUACUUUCUGUUAAAUUAAAAUUUGAGUUGAGUUUCAAA